GCUUUUUGGACCACAGAGACUGCCCGGGCUGCAUCUAUCCAAGCUUUCUGUGUUCUUCCUCUGGCUGAGCUCAUCCUUCUAGCCUGGCCAACAGAACCAUGUCCACCAGCCUGACCACUUGUGAGUGGAAGAAAGUCUUCUACGAGAAGAUGGAGGUGGCAAAGCCAGCAGACAGCUGGGAGCUCAUCAUAGACCCCAACCUCAAACCCAAUGAGCUGGGCCCUGGCUGGAAGCAGUAUCUGGAGCAGCAUGCCUCUGGCAGGUUCCACUGUUCCUGGUGCUGGCACACCUGGCAGUCUGCCAAUGUGGUCAUCCUCUUCCACAUGCACCUGGACCGUGCCCAGCGUGUUGGUUCAGUGCGCAUGCGUGUGUUCAAGCAGCUGUGCUACCAGUGUGGCACCUCACGGCUGGAUGAGUCCAGCAUGCUGGAGGAGAACAUCGAAGGCCUGGUGGACAACCUCAUCACCAGUCUUCGUGAGCAGUGCUACGAUGAGGAUGGUGGCCAGUACCGCAUCCACCUGGCCAGCCGGCCGGACAGCGGAUUGCACCGCAGCGAGUUCUGCGAGGCCUGCCAGGAAGGCAUCGUGCACUGGAAGCCCAGUGAGAAGCUGCUGGAGGAGGAUGCAGCCUAUACCGAUGCCUCCAAGAGGAAGGGCCAGGCCGGUUUCAUCUCCAACUUUUUCUCAUUUCGCUGGUGCCUGUUCUGGGGCGCCCUCUGCCUGGCCAUUGUUUACCUGCAGUUCUUCCGAGGCCGCUCUGGCUUCCUUUAGUGGAGUUGGUUAGGGGUGGGGAGAAGGGACACACGGGAUUGAGAUGGAGAAAGAAUUUGGUCUCCUCAUGAGUCUGCUACAGGUUCAAUCUAUGACUCUGGUCAUCUGCACACUGCUCACUAGUCUGCACUAGGAGAAACGUAGUGGUCCUUCCACUAAUUUGAUAGCAACAGAAGGCAAGUAGAAGGAAUGGGGAUUUGGAAGCGUGCUGGAGUUUAGUGUGAGUUCGAAAUCUACAGCCACCACCUCCAGCCUUUUCCUUUAUGCUCCUAGCCUUAGGUCUCAUCUGUACCCUGUCACAUCCUCAUGCUCGCUUUCAGUUUUCUCUAAGUUUCCUGCAUGGUUCCCCUUGGAGGGAGCGGCACCUCCUCCAGCCUUCCAUCGAAUACACAGGGACAGCCACCCAGUCCUGUUCCCACUAUUCGAACUGCUGAGGAUUUCACUCUGGGGCUAGGGCUUUGAUCAGGGUGGAGGUGGGGGUUGUGGAAGUAGGGGUGGGUUGGGGGUUGAAAUGGUCCAGGGUACAUUGUCCAGUGGGUUAGCUAUUGGCAAUAUGUGGCUAUUCCAAUUUAGAUGAAUUAAAAUGCAAUAAAAAUUGUUCCUUAGUAGUUCCAAACUCAGUUGAGUUUAUACAGAAUUUGUCCCCAUAGGGGCCAUUGCUCAAUGGCAGACAAAGGUGACGAACACCAAGGGUUUGGGCAUCAAGUGCUCCCCAGAGGACUUCCACCCUAUGUUUUGUCUACCCUGGAAACCCCUAGGCAACACUGAGCAACAGGACAGGAGAAAAGAGGCGCCAGCCUGCAUCUCUUGCUGAAAUCUGUUUUUUGUCUAGAAAUAGUUUGCCAAAAUUCCGUCAAGAAAUUAGGUCAUGUCUCUGAUGGUCAAUAAAGCAGGGUGUCUGACCACCGCCUCAGAGGAAGGAAAUGCGGCUGAGAGUGGAUGUGAGGACAAGGAAGCGAGAAUAGAUGAAGAGAAAUGAGGCUAGAAACAUUUCCGGAAGCUUCUUUUCCCUGGUAAACAAUGAUGUCUGCAUUUUCAUGUUAAGUUGGAGUGACUGGUCCCUGACUCGGCGCCCCUCCCCCACCUGCUGCAAUGAUUUUAUCUCCUCAAGACCAAGGGAGCAGGUUAUAUUUAUUUCCAAGACUUGUUUCCUCUUUAGUUCGUGGGAAUCUCAUUUCUAACUCCCUAGAGCCAGUGCUCUGUACUUCACUACCAAAACUGCUUUUCUGUUUGUGUGUACCUCAUUUGUUUGCCACAUUUUAUAGUCCUUUCUUUCUGUAAUUGUUCUGUUAAUGGAAAAAGUGGCUAUCACUCUAGUACUCCCCUUGCAUGUAUUCUGAUCAUAUUCAAAUAUCUAUCACAUCUUGCCCCUCCAACAACUGGUCCUUUGUUCCCCAAACGAUCCCUUUCUUGCUUUUGUAUCUCUGUUUUAAAAAAAAAAAUCUUUUUACAUGAGGGAAAGCAUGUGAUAUUUUUCUCUUUUAGUCUAACUUAUUUUGCUUAACAUGAUCCCCAGUCCCACCCAUUUCCCAGUAAGUGGCAUUUCAUUUUUUUCUUUAUAAUUAAAUAUAUAGUGUUGUGUACGCUCUAUGUGUUUUUUUCAUCCAUUGAUCUGUUACCAGGUAGGUCAUCUGAUUUUAUAACUUGGCUAUUGUGAAUAGUGUCAUAAUAAAUGUAUAUGUGUAGAUA